AAAAAUUUUAAAUGAAAUUUCUUUUUUAACCUAAUCUAAUUCCCUCCAAACCCCUUCCCCCAGUCCGCUGCGCCAUCCCCCUGGUCUGUCGCGCCUCCGUCCAGCUCCCCCCAAUCCCCCGCGACCCUGGUCUGCUGCGUCUCCGUCCGCCCCUGAAUCAGUGUCUAGUUUCUCACCCAACCAAACCCUAACUCUCUUUCUCUCUCCCAAACCGCAGCGCUUCUGUCCGCCUCUCCCGGGUCCACCGCGCCUCCGGUCUGAUACUCCACCUAAAAUAGCUGCGGCGGUUCGAGUAGAGCGGCAGAUGGAUCAAGGCGCUGCUGGAAGAAGCGGAGAACUAGCGGAUGCAUCUGAUGACCUUCCUGGAACUGUCGCAGCCGAAAUGGACGGAGCGUGCCCCAGUUAUCGCGAUGCAGGGCGUCUUCUUCAACGCCUAUUUCGCCGCCUACCUGCUGUCGCCCAAGCUUGCCCACCGCAUCGUCGGAUACCUCGAGGAAGAGGCAGUCAAUUCCUACACCGAGUUUCCCAACGAUCUGGAGAAGGGGAUCGUCGAGAAUCAGCCGGCGUCGGCCAUCGCCAUCGAUUACUGGCGCCUGCCGCCCAAUCCCACUUCGCUUCGGGAUAGGAAUAUAACGCCCUAAACUGGAAAGGGGGAGGGAGUUGAGAAAGGUUGGCUUCCUGUGGGUAUAAUGAAGGCUUAGUUGAAGUUGAGAAAGGUUGGCUUCCUGAGCAGCUGCAACCUUCUUUGUCUAUUAUUUCCUUGGCUCCAACUGCAUUCACUUUCAGGUACUCGUAUUCAAACUUGGAAAUAGUUAUUGUUGAGCUAGGCCGAGAGGCUGAAGCUCUAUUUCUGACUGUCUUCUCAAUAAUAGAUUUCAGAUUCUCGAGCGCUAUUUGUUUUGAUGAUUUGAUAACUUUGAGAUAUUGUAAUCUUUCCUCAGCCAAGUCUAUCUCAGUCUCCGAUUCGGCCUUGAUAUGAUAUGAUAAAUUUGACAACUUUGAUGAAUUUUGGGGCUAUUUUAUGUUGAUGCUAUUAUGUUUUGAUGAAUUUGAAAUAUUUGUUGUUCAUCUUUUAUUAAUCAGAGGAACAAAUAGACUACAGAAGGUGCUAAACUCCAGUUAAAUUCCCGAUGAAGAAGAGUGCUAGACUAAGAUUGAAGAAGAAAGGUGAUUGAUUUUCCAAUUAGAUGUUUACUCUUUGGUUGCACACUUUCUAACUUUCUACAGUACCAGUUCCUUGCAUCAUUGGUUCUACUUGCAUUAUAUAUCUGUUUGUUAUUUCUUCAUAUGACUGAAGUUGCUUCACAUUCGAUUUCCUUGGCAGGGAGGAACACAAAAAAAUCUCAAAAAUCUGUUGGACAAGCAUCAAAUGACUCCAUGGUGGAGUAAACUACAUGGUACGGAAUUUGUAGGUCUUGGUACUAGCUAUGUUAGUUUACUUAGUUUUUCUCUUGUUUAUAUUUUCUACAUUGGCAAGUUCCUCUGCAUCCACCCAUUAAAUAAUAUAAAUAGUAAUAAUGUGAGAAUUAAUUGCUUUAUAAAAUAAAAUUUCAUUGUGAGGAUUAAUAUUUCAAUGUGUUCUUGUUUCGCAUCUCAUAUUUCUUUGUUCUCUAUUGAAUAACUUUUUAUUGACGAAUUUUUCACUUCCUGAUAUAUAUGAUUAAUGUGAUUUUUGCAGAAGAGGUGUUCAAGAACUGAAAAGGCAAGUGAAUUGUCGGAAGAACUCGUUAGAGAGCAGAAAGCAUACUAUGGCGAUGUUCAUAAUUUUCUUUUAGCUAUAAGAUACUUGGUACUUUCAAUUUUCAAAAUAAUUCGGAUGAUAAUGUAUGAAUGUUUUAGAGUAUAUGUUAUUGAUGGUUUUAUCA